AUGCAUCGCCGAACUAUUGAGCCAGCAGAACGAGAUAUGCUUUUAAAAGAAAAGAAGGUUCAAAUCGCGCUAACUGCUCAUCAUUUGACAGCACUCCAUGCUGUGGAUGUUUACGAAUUAAUGUCAUCAGAAUAUCCCGAAAUAUAUUCUUCUUACCAAAAAGCCUGUAAUGAACGUGUUAGGCAGGCUAUGCUUGAAAAACAAAAAGAAUUUGAAGCUAUUAAAACGGAUGCAAAAAAAUUGGCAGAAUUGCGACAAAAGGCUAUUCAAAGUUCUUUUACUUUCAAUUCUGAUUUACAGGCUGUUCGGAAGGCAGAAAGAACACAAUAUUGGGAACUAAACACAAAUGUUUGUUUGAAAAAAAUUUUUUAUAUGAGUGAAUCACCAAUAAGCCUCAUUUGUGUACGGCCUUUAGGACUAAAUUUUAUCUAUCACAUACCCAUCAUUGACAUUGUCUAACAAGGGCGUAGCCAAGGAGUCAAUUUCAAGGGGCUAAAAUGGGGUAUGCGCCAAAUUUGGCGUUGAGAAUUUUGGGAUUGUAGAAGUAAAAAAUUCACUUUUCUGCUCAUUUCUCUCCUAAAAUUUUUUCAUUUUCCCGAUUUCAGGGGGCUAUAGCCCCAGAAGCCCCUGGCUACGUCCUUGUUGUCUGAAUUACAUAAUUAAGGCACUCAUGUAUUAAAAUCGGCUUCAGUCUACAGUGUGUUAAGAAAUUAUAACCCCCUUGAAUUUUUUGUGUUUCUCUAUCUUCC